GUGCGUUCGUUGGUUGUUGUCGCUAUGCCCGAGCCGGCCAAGUCCGCGCCCGCCCCCAAGAAGGGCUCCAAGAAGGCGGUCACCAAGACCCAGAAGAAGGGCGACAAGAAGCGCAAGAAGAGCCGCAAGGAGAGCUACUCGAUCUACGUGUACAAGGUGCUGAAGCAGGUGCACCCCGACACGGGCAUCUCGUCCAAGGCCAUGGGCAUCAUGAAUUCGUUCGUCAACGACAUCUUCGAGCGCAUCGCCGGCGAGGCGUCGCGCCUGGCGCACUACAACAAGCGCUCGACCAUCACGUCGCGGGAGAUCCAGACGGCCGUGCGGCUGCUGCUGCCCGGCGAGCUGGCCAAGCACGCGGUCUCCGAGGGCACCAAGGCGGUCACCAAGUACACCAGCUCCAAGUAGAGUGGUGCGGAUUACUCGAUUUUAACCCAAAGGCUCUUUUCAGAGCCACCAUUUAUUCUAGUAAAAGGGCUGUGUUACUUCUGAGGGGUGUAGCGUAGGUUUUUAAUAGAGUGAAACGAAUGCGAGUGCUUGAGGUAUAAAUAACAAAAAAAAUAAUCGCUUAGUUGAGCAUUUUGGAGGUCUCAGUUCCGAAUUAAUUGAGCAGUAGCAACUCAUGGAGUUAACGGGGUUGCUCGGUAACUGUGCUAUUGCUGCAGCAGGGUACACGGUAUUCCAGCAGCAGCCACUGCUGCUCUCUGCUGUCAGGACCCCGUCGGGAAGGUGAGUGCUUCGUUUUGCUUUUGAUUCUUGUGAUAAAAGCUAUACCAAGAAUAUUUUAUCUUACUCUAGAAAUGCAUUCCUAAUAGAAAAUAAAAAGUUCGCGUUACAUACAUUGUAGCAGACCACCCUUAAAGAAUAAUCUUCUGUCUAUUUAAUUCAUUAAUAAACGGAUGAAAAACAGUCCCCGAGGCGUCGCUGUUUCGAACCAGCAGCGCUCUUUUCCCUUUCCCCUGUCGCGCACUCCAUCACCGGACGGGGAAGGACCGCACGCUGUUUCUCCCUUAGGCAAAAGCAGCCGUAGAGCCGCGCAGGCGGCGGUUCCCGCACCGGGACCCGGGGGCGGGAUGAGGCGGGGACGAGCGAGCGGCUCCGCAGACGUGCGGGACGGGAGCGGGGGCGGUGCCGGGAGGGGGUUGGUGCUGAGCCGGACCAAUGACAGCCCAGCGCGGGUUCUUUAAACCCCUCCCCAAGUAGGACCCGAGGUUGGCACCGCCCCGCCCGGCUGGGAAGCGCCGCUGCUGGCGCCUCGCUCCCGAACUGCACGUAGCCCAUAAUGGAA